AUGGGUGAUGGACCCGACAAUACCCCUCACUUUUCAAUGUUCGUUGCCCAACGGGCUUUUCUAGACGCGAAUUUUGAGGAAGCUCUCAAACACUUUUUCGUCUGCAUAAAAAUGUUACCAGUAGAACGACGAGGACUUUAUGAAGAGCAGUUUGCUGCGUCGAUACAUGGUUGGAUAACUACAGACCAUGAUAACGCUGGACGAGCAGUAAGGCUGUACCCACAAAUCCGCGAACUAUUCCCAUUGACGAUUCCAACAAAACUAGCGAUAAUCCGCGCUGUUCAAACCACAGAGCAAGAAAAGUGGCUGUUGAAUUGCCUGCCAAUUUGCAAAGACGCAAUGGAGUUAGCCACGAAACCGGAAGAAUUGGUGGCACUUCGAAUAGCACGUGUUAAUUUAACAACUGUUCCAUUCCCACAAUGGCACAUCCGUAUGAUCAACGAUGUGGCGCGAAAUGAAGCAUACGCCAAAGCAUUGAGUGUCAGCAUCAAAAGCAGAAGCUCGGUUGUAUUUGAUAUUGGAUCUGGUACAGGAUUGUUGUCAGUUAUGGCUGCAAAGCAAACUAAUUUGGUUAUUGCUUUGGAGGAGAACAUUUGUCUCGCAAUGUUAUCAAAAGAAGUUCUGAAACGAAAUGGAGUAGAAGGUCGUGUGAGCGUUGAAUGUGUAAACUCAACCCAGUUUAAAACGUGUCAGAAGGCAGAUGUGAUUGUUUCCGAAAUCAUGGACUGUUGUGUUUUCGGUGAAAGAAUUAUCGAAACAUUCAUUGACGCACAUAUUAGAUUCGCUCAUCAGAAGACUAUUUUCAUUCCAAAUCAAGCAACAGUAUACGUUCGUCUGUUCAAAUGCCGUGAGAUUUUCGAUAUUCACUGUCAAGAUUAUGGCGGCGUUCGGUAUCGGUCAGAGUAUGUCAAAAUUAACGAUUCCACUAAUGAGCAGCCAUAUUGGUGUACGUCACCUUUGGAUUACUCCGAUUUCGAGUUCCUUUCCGAUCCAGAAGAAAUCCACUCGGCUGAUUUUACUACACUAGUAGAGUUACAGAAAUCAAUCAAUUGCUCGGGAAGUUUAACAGUUUUACCAAUAAAGAAAGGAGUAGCUCAUGGUUUCGCCAUUCAUUUCACGUCUGAUUUGACAGGAAAAGGAGAUAUUCUAAAUUCUGCCGAAAGUCGUUCUUGGGAAUUAGGAAUUAUUCCAUUCAAAGAGCCUUGUCUUGUAGAUUGUGGCCAAGAGUUGGACAUCUCCUGGAAGCUUGCAUACAACCGGCUCGAUCUAUACAAUAAUUUUUAUGAUGAGGGAUUACAAAAGAAUGAAGAAAAUCUCCGUUAUGAAACUGCUUCGUUGGAGCAACUUCAGAAGUUACGCGAUGAUAGUUAUUUCAAGGCAAUGAUGUCUGAGAUCGAUGAAAUUGACACAGCAUAUACCAUAGACACAUCUUCGAGUAUUCCAGCACAAUGCAUGAUUGAAACAGCUGUACCUCAGAUACCACCACGCGUUCUUAUCACAAGUCUCAACCGUUAUGAUGGUUCACUAGACCAGGAUGCAUUUUUUCAAAUCGAGCGAUAUCUUGGAUACCGUGACAAUAUCAAAAAGAUUGUUCCAACCAGAGUUCGUAUUUUUGGUCGUCUAUUUUACUCUGACCGUAUCAACUCUCAAGCACGCAUCGAUCCGACUGCACACUGUCAAGUUGAUUUGGCUACGGUUCGAAGUUUCCAUUUGAGAGAAAUGAGAGAUAUCAGAUUGAGUCAGCGAAAAGAUAUUGUUAUGAAUUCUGAUGAAUUUCUGAUAUUCGACUUUGAUAUGAAUCCUGAAAGAUUCAAGCAAGACGACUACACAACAAUGAACCGUGAAAUCGAAGUUCAACCAAAAGGGCGAAUUUCUGAUGGCGUUAUCUACGAAUUUGAAAUUUUGGGAAGUCGAAACACAAAACUUCGUCCAGUUGCAGCAUUUCUUUUUCCAGAAAGAGUAUAUACUCAGGAAGAGAUGACGAUAAUGGUCGAUUUGCAUGUUGGAGACAUGCUCAUAUCUCUCAAGGAUCUUUAA